UUGCCCAAAAGCUCUCAUCUUGUUCCUCUUUGGCCUAUGUCCUCACUCAUUUUCUCUCUCUAAAACCCUUUUGCCUUCUCUCUCUGAUCAAACCUCUUAGCAUUUGAACCUCCCAGAAACCCCAACAAUGCCUGCUGUUGGUAUCGCCACCGGCGGGAACGGCAAGGCCUAUGCCGGAAAUCUCACUCCUUACGUUCUUGCCACAUGUAUCGUUGCAGCCAUGGGUGGUCUGAUUUUUGGCUACGAUAUCGGAAUUUCUGGUGGUGUAACGUCCAUGGAUUCGUUCCUGAAGAAGUUCUUUCUGUCUGUGUAUCACAAGAAGGAGAAAGACAAGACGAACAACCAGUACUGUCAAUAUGAUAGUCAAACGUUGACCAUGUUCACAUCGUCGCUGUACUUGGCUGCUCUCAUAUCCUCGAUCGUGGCCGCCACCGUGACGAGAAAAUUCGGCCGGAAACUGUCCAUGUUGUUCGGUGGUCUGCUGUUUUGCUCCGGUGCUAUCAUCAAUGCCGCUGCCAAAGCUGUCUGGAUGUUGAUCCUCGGCCGUAUGUUGCUCGGUUUCGGCAUCGGAUUCUCCAAUCAGUCAGUGCCACUCUACCUCUCUGAGAUGGCACCCUACAAAUUCAGGGGAGCUCUCAACAUUGGCUUCCAGCUAUCAAUCACAAUUGGUAUCCUUGUGGCCAAUGUGCUGAACUACUUCUUUGCCAAGAUCAAGGGUGGCUGGGGAUGGAGAUUGAGCUUGGGCGGCGCGAUGGUGCCCGCCCUUAUCAUCACAAUCGGCUCACUUGUCCUGCCAGACACUCCCAACUCCAUGAUUGAGCGCGGCCAGCACGACGAAGCCAAGGCCAAGCUUCAGCGCAUUCGCGGCGUUGAUGAUGUUAGCGAAGAGUUCAGUGACCUAGUUGCCGCCAGUGAUGCCGCAAACCAAAUUGAGGACCCGUGGAGAAACUUGUUGAGGAGGAAGUACAGACCUCACCUAUGCAUGGCAAUCCUCAUUCCCUUUUUUCAGCAGCUCACCGGCAUUAAUGUGAUCAUGUUCUACGCGCCGGUUUUGUUCAACACGAUCGGGUUUGGAUCUGAUGCCUCGCUCAUGUCAGCUGUGAUCACCGGCAGUGUUAAUGUUCUUGCAACUAUGGUCUCAAUCUAUGGCGUUGACAAGUGGGGAAGAAGGUUCCUUUUCCUUGAGGGUGGAGCUCAAAUGUUAUUUUGCCAGGCGGUUGUGGCAGCUUGCAUUGGUGCAAAGUUUGGAGUAAAUGGGACCCCUGGAGAAUUGCCAAAGUGGUAUGCAAUUGUGGUGGUGGUGUUCAUCUGCACAUAUGUUGCAGGAUUCGCAUGGUCAUGGGGUCCCCUCGGAUGGCUAGUCCCGAGUGAAAUCUUCCCGUUGGAAAUCCGAUCAGCCGCACAGAGUGUCAACGUUUCAGUCAACAUGAUCUUCACCUUCAUUGUGGCUCAAAUCUUCCUGACAAUGCUCUGCCACUUGAAGUUUGGGCUCUUCAUUUUCUUUGCGUUCUUUGUGUUUGUGAUGUCAAUCUUCGUUUACUACUUCUUGCCUGAGACGAAGGGGAUUCCGAUCGAAGAGAUGGGCCAAGUGUGGAGGUCACAUUGGUACUGGAAGAGAUUCGUCAGUGCAGAAGAGGGAGGAGGUUAUGAGAUGGAGAAGGCAUCUCAAACUGUCAAAAAUGUGUAAUUUGGGUGAUGGGCAAAUAUAUGCCUCAUUUACUUUUAUUUUUAUUUUUGUAGCAGUGAAUAUUACUGUUCCCAUCGGCAAGGGUGAUAUAAAAUUAUUGUGCAUUUAUGUCCAA